AUGUAGGGAUUGAAACAGUAACAAAUAAUCAAAACCCCCUCAAUUGUUGACAAUCAUACAUUCCCGCAAAAUAAUCGCAGAGCGUUAAAUCCCAUUAGGUGAAGAAAAUCUGAAGAAAAAUUGACCCAAAUUCAAACUUUUAUACAUAGAUAGCUGCAGGAUCACACGCAAUUCGAAUCCUUGCCUGAGAUCUUAUUUUUAUUUUGAGAAAAAAGGAAGGGUUAAUCUCCUUAGUCAAACCCUCCUUUUUUUCUCCGUUGCCGGCCGCCGAUCAGUCUCUCCCUCGUUCGGCUCCGGCACCACAAAUCAAGAACAAGAAAAAGAAGAGAUCUUUUGGGUCUGCCGAAUUUAUCUUUGAUUUAUUUGUCCCAGAAAUUCCUGCUUCCUUUGUAAUCAUAUCAUGGAUAGAAUGUUCAAUAAGCUGAGGAAUUUGGACGCAUACCCCAAGGUCAAUGAGGAUUUCUACAGCCGUUCGCUAUCUGGAGGUGUUAUCUCCCUCGUCUCCUCUUUCUUCAUUGCUAUGCUCGUCAUCUCGGAAUUCAGUUUAUACCUCCGCAAAGUUACAGAUACACAACUUGUGGUAGACACAUCUAGGGGAGGAAAAUUGCGCAUCAAUUUUGAUGUAACAUUUCCAAACGUUCAAUGCACGUUGCUGAGUCUUGAUGCCAUGGAUAUCAGUGGGGAGCAACAUCUAGACAUUAGACAUGACAUUAUGAAGAAGAGAAUUGAUUCCCAUGGCAAUGUGAUAGAAGUGAGGCAAGAUGGAAUUGGUGCACCCAAGAUUGAGAAGCCUUUGCAGAAAGAUGGUAGCAGACUUGAGCACAAUGAGGCAUACUGUGGUUCAUGUUUUGGUGCAGAAACGUCUGAUGACCACUGCUGCAAUUCCUGUGAAGAGGUUCGUGAAGCAUAUCGUAAGAAAGGCUGGGGAAUGACAGAUCCUGAUUUGAUUGAUCAGUGCAAACGAGAAGGUUUUGUUCAGAAAGUGAAAGAUGAAGAGGGUGAGGGAUGUAAUAUACAUGGAUCUCUGGAGGUUAACAAAGUAGCUGGGAAUUUUCAUUUUGCUACCGGGAAAAGCUUUCAUCAUUCAAGUAUGAAUCUGCUCGAUUUGAUAGCUUUACAGACAGAGAGUUAUAAUAUAAGCCACAAAAUUAACAAGUUAGCUUUUGGGGAUGCUAUUCCUGGGAUUGUAAACCCACUUGAUGGGGUGCAAUGGGAGCAAACAUCAUCAAAUGGUGUGUAUCAGUAUUUUAUUAAGGUGGUUCCAACCAUAUACACCGACAUUAGAGGGCACACAAUCCAGUCAAAUCAGUUCUCAGUUACCGAACACUACAAGAAUUCCGACAUGGACCACUACAGAUCUCCCCCUGGAGUUUUCUUCUUUUACGACCUGUCUCCUAUCAAGGUUACUUAUACUGAGAAGCAUACGGCCUUCCUCCACUUCUUGACAAAUAUCUGUGCCAUAAUCGGAGGUGUAUUCACAGUAGCCGGGAUAGUCGAUUCGUUUGUUUAUCAUGGGAAGAAGGCACUAAAGAAGAAAGUCGAACUAGGGAAACUCAGAUGAUGUCUUGUGAUUUAUUAUGAAAUGAAGAAAGGGCAGCGGAGUGCUUGACAUGGCUACUCUUGUUUCACUCAUAACCAUCAAAAUGCGUCGACCAAUUCUGUCUUCGAUAUCGUGCUCAUUUCUCGACAGUUUUGCCUUGUUUUUGUAGUAAUUGAUUUUGUAUACUUUGUUCAUUUUCAGAAUAUAGAGAGCUUUUUUCACUUGCAAA